GUCAUUUGAACUGUUUGGUGAAAGUAAAAAUAGUUUCCAUGAGUUUUUAGUCGAGAUUCUCAGGUUUCUACUGAUACCAAACAUGUCCAGGUYAGAAAACGGAUCAAACUGUUGCCCCUGGUUUGAGGGUUUGUUGUUGUAGUUCCGGCGGGUCUCCAGCAGGGGGCGGCGGCGCUCCUUCAGGUCUCUGUCUGAGGUCAGGAUGCCCCUCAGUCCUGCGAACCAGGCCCAGCUGAUCCGGUCCAGUCAGAAGGACGAAUAUUACCGAACCUUCCUGAAGAACCGAGCCAAUGAAGCGUUUCAGAACACCGCGGGGUCCAAACACUGGCUGGACUGGAGGCGGGAGGUGGAGCUGCUCUCAGAUCUCUGCUACUUCUCUCUGACGACGCUCUCAGGUCUUCAGACUCUGGGUGAGGAGUACGUCAACAUCGUCCAGGUGGACCCGACCGGACGUCGGAUCCCGUCUCUGGUCAGACGAGGCGUCCUGGUCCUGCUGCACACGGCGCUGCCCUACCUGCUGGACAAGGUCCUGGUGUGUGUGGAGAACGAACUGGAGGGCGAGCCACAGAGGGGCGGAGCCAGGCGCCAGGUGGGGGGGUGGAGCCUGGAGCGCUGGCUCAGGGGGCGGGUCCAGAGGGCGGUGGGUCUGCUGACGGAGCCGCAGAGGAGGGCGUGUCAGCCGGCCGUGCUGGUGGUCCAGCAGGGCGUGGCCCUCCUGCACCGACUGCACCUGGCCCUGUUUUACCUGCACAGCUCCUUCUACCACCUGUCCAAGAGGACCGCCGGGGUCCGAUACCUGCGUGUGAUGGGACCGAGUGGCGUUGAUGACUCGUCGAUCCGGCGCAGCUACCUGCUGCUGGGCGUCUUCUCGGUCCUCCAGCUGCUGGUCUCUGUGGUCCUGCAGGUCCACAGCUUCAGGCAGAGACAGAGAGCCCGGCAGGAGUGGAGGGUCUACAGGAAGCUCAGUCCUCAGCACUCGGUGAGCUCCGCCCCCCGCUGCAUCCUGUGUCUGGAGCCCAGGAGGAACUCCACCUGCACGCCCUGUGGACACCUGUUCUGCUGGGAGUGCAUCACCGAGUGGUGCAACACCAAGGCCGAGUGUCCUCUGUGUCGGGAGAAGUUUCAGCCUCAGAGACUCGUCUUUUUAAGGAACCACAGCUGAAGCAACCCAGCCAGGUGUUGUGAUCCGGACACCUGGGAACUCCGCCUCCUCCGGGGCUUUAUGGUCUCAUCACGAGAUUUAGGAACAAGUUUUUUUGAUUGUAUCAGUCAAAUCAUCGAAGAACGUACGGAACUCCUGAAGUGACACGAAUUUUACAACUUUAUUAUUUAAACCUUGCAGAAAAGAAAAUUACGAGAUUAUUAAUUUUAUGCUGUAAAGUUUAAAAAUAAUCUAUGAAAGGUGCUUCAGGAGUCCUGCAGUCAGUAUUAAUUUAAAUUUUACGUCACAAAUGUUAAUUUGUUUGUUAUUAAAUGACAUUUGUUUCUGAUUAACUGCUUUGACUCUGCUGUACGGAGACAAAUAUUAAAAAUAUUUAGUAGAAAUCUCUAAAA